AUGGAAAGAACGAUACUUAAAUACCUUCAACAACCAUCAAAUGAAGGAAAAAUAAUUGGGUUGUUUGUAUUAACAAAAAGGUAUGAAUUUAUUAUGAAGAAGAAUAAAGAUAAAACAUUAUUGUCUUUUAGUAGUGAAUUUAUUCAGUAUUAUAAAGCAAUUGGUCCGACAUUUUUCUGUAACUAUAUUGAACUUCUUGAAACCCAAAAUGAGAAUGAACCAACUUCAGAAAUGUUAAUAACAUUAUUACAACUGUUUAUUCAUUCAGAUGAAGUAAUUAAUCAUUCAAUGAGUUAUCCAAUUACAUUGUCCUUAGUUUCACGACUUUUUAAUGAACCUUCAUUACAACAAUCAUUACCAACAGUCUUAGUAAUUCUUGGUGCAUUAUUUUAUAAUCCACAAAUCAAAAAAUCUCAAAAAAUUAAAGAAAUUCUUCCCAAUAUCUAUUCAAAAUUAGUUUUAUGUGAUGCUAUUCAUUGGUUCAGUCAAAUUGUUACCAUUCCAGAAUACUGUACUAAAUUUGCUCAAUGUAUUUCUAAAACCCCACAAAUUGUUGUUCUCAAAUUAAUUCCUUGGAUCAAAUUAUCGUCCAUUAAUUUAACAACAAAACAAUGGCUUCUUUCUUUUUGUUGCAAGUUAUUACCAAAUAAAUUAAGUGAAAAUGAUACAAUUCAAAUUACUAGUGUUGUAUCACAAUGUAUUGAUUCAUCAAAAGAUAUUCUUUCUAUUAGACCAUUAGAAUCUAUUAAAGUUCUUAUUUCCCGACUUAGUAUAGAAGUUAGAUCAAAUCUUUCACUAAAUUCAAAAAGGCUAUAUGAAACUAGUCAAAUUAUCGAAUCUCUUAUUAUUAUUUUGAAUAAUUUCAUUCGAUUUAAUGAAGGUGAUGAAAUUGAGAAUAAUAUUAUUAUACACUCAAGAGUAGAAAUAGACCAACUUGCUAAUAUUUAUUAUCCAAUGCUUCCAGUGCUUUAUGAUUUACAAACUGAUGUUAUUAGUUGGUUGCAAGAAUGUAUUUUAGAAGAGUCAACUAUUAAUGAAGUUAUUUUAAAUGAAUCAAAGAGACAAUUCCUUGUUCAUCUAUUUCAAUUAGUUCUAACGGGUGCAGUAUUAGUUCUUGAUCUAAAGAAGAAAAAUGAAUUUGAAAUAAUUUUACCUCUAUUAGAAGUUUUUAAAAAAAAGGAUGAUGAUUUUAAAGUGUUAUGGAAUGCAUGGGAAGCAUUUAACGAUGUAAUUAUUGAAAAUAAUUAA